UGGGUAUUUUUGUCACGAUUCCACACCAUAUAGGCGUUUAAUGUAGAUUCUUGCGGAACGGAUUUACGUCUGAUAUAGGCCAAAUGCGAUAGCAUCUUUGCGCAUUGUCCAAUCAAAUGGCAGCAAGAAAAGCAAUUAAACCUUGUUGGAUUUGCUUAUCUCGUUAUAAUCUUUGAUAAAUGACUGCGUAUAUAUUACUACCGAUGAGUAAAAGCCAUCUCGCGAAGGCAUCGCGGUUUAUUCACCACGAAAUGACUAAUGAUUUUGGAGUAAAGUUCCAGCGUUGAUUUCGACGAAUAUAACAAACGUGGUCGGUUCGAAUGACAUGGAGAGUACUGCAUAGCAAUCUUUAGAUUUGUUUGUUUGUAUUCAGUAAAACUAACUAAAUAUCGUGAUCCUUUGGUGUCCGAGUUUUGUAAUUAUGUCGCGAAUUACAGUGCCUGUUCUGCUACUUCUUAUAUUGCUAAACCCGUCCAAUUGUCAGAGAGAAUUGGCUUCCGUGUACACGUUUCUUAGGACGGAUACGAUAUUGCCCGGACCGUCGAUGAGUUUUAAAAUAAGCCUCGCAAGCGGGGUUUUUGAGUUCGAAUUUAAAACUUGGGUGGACCAAGCUUUGGUGCUUUAUCAAGACGACCAGGGAAUAUCAGAUCAUAUACAACUAACCAUUCAAGAAGGACGAUUAUGGUUUUCGUUUUAUGGGAGUAAAGAGAACACCAAUCCUGAAGAUAGAAUACACGGAAAAUUUACGAGCGAGAAAAAGUACAACGACUUUAGUUGGCACAACGUGCGAAUUGAACGGAAUACUUCGGUCACAAGUAUUUUUAUAAAUAAUGGAGAGGAGAGGAAAAGUUUUCAAACAAACGGUCUUUCGUCGUUUACGUCUAAUCUUACGAUCGGAGGUUUUGACCGUGAAUAUAUAAGUGAUUUGUCGAGUAACGGUAUCUAUAAGAUCUAUGCUGCUCCGGUAAACAAAAGGGGAUUUUUGAACGCGUGCGUGAGAAAUAUCAAAUAUGGUAAAACCCGUGAGGAUAUGAGGGAUAUAUCAAGCCAGUAUGUUAGAAAGUUCAAAGUCAUAAGUGGAUGCAGCCUGAACCACUGUCACAAACCUGAGCCAAUAUGUAAAAACAAUGGUAAAUGUUCGCCGGAUGGAAAAGACGACGUGACUUGCGAUUGUCGUUGGACUGGCUUCGUAAAAGACUACUGCCAAGAAGGUGCUCUGGAACUGAAAUUAGAUGGAACGUAUAAAGUGAUGUAUACGUCCCUCAUAACUAACGAAGACCAGGAUAGAUACAAAUUUCGCGUGAAGACAUUGCAAAAAGAUGCACUUUUGUUUUAUGCCAAAGGCGCAACUAACACUGAAGAUUUUCUCAUCAUUGAAAUUAAAUCUUCAAAAUUGAGACUGGUGAUAAAUUUCGGUGAACAAGGGGUAAACUAUACGGCUAAAUCAGGCGACAAAAUUAGCGAUGGCAAAUGGCACACAGUGGAAUACACAAAACAAUUAUAUCAUUUUACACUCAAAGUUGACAAGACCGCAGCGCAAAAAUUUUCCAUCAAAUCUAAAAGUUAUAAAAGAAUUGAUUACGGCGAAAGCUUUUUCUUGGGCGAGAUUUCACAAGAACCAUACAGAAACGAAAUCGCAAUUCAAGAUUUCAUUUGGGAAAAUGGUAAAAAUAGGAAUGAGAUCAACUUUGUGACAGGCUUGUACGAAACGUAUUUCGUUCGCAACGAAGGUUUCCAGGUGCUUCCAGAAUAUGCUCGACCAGAAUUCAACAAAGAACUACCAAAUCCCACCCCCAAACCAAUGCCAAGUACCUUUCCAACCGGUAAACCUGGUUGUAAAGAGGGCGAAUGUCUGACAAAAAGUUCAGUCUCCACCACCCAGACAACUCGUAAAUUCGAGGAACCGAAAAACGUCGCACGCAGCGAAGAUGACGACGAGGAUUCGUCCGUCACGUGGAUCGUUGUCGUGACAGUGAUUUUAUCCAUUCUGCUUUUUGCCGCGAUUGCAUUUUUGGUGCACAAAUGGAACAAGAGAUACUCCGGUGAUUUUCAAGUAAACAGAAAACCUGUUGGUCCUGCUGACACAGUAGUGCAUUACAACAAAGACGCGCAUAAAGAAAAGCAACGUCAGAUGAGGCUUUAGGCGCGUUGCGUUGGCCUACGAACGGGUGCAACCCUUACCUAUAUUCCGGGCACGAAGGCAUUCUCAUUGGCUGUCGUAGAUGUAUCCACUUUGGUGAAAUUGAGGAUUCUUAUUUAUGGAAAUUUCUGUCCAUCAGCGCUAUAUUUCCCUCGUAUUUGAAAGUUCAAUUCUUAUAAUCGAAGAUUAGUGGCUACGAUUCGAAUUUUUCUACCGAAUAUUUGUUAUCUCUCAUUGAAUCGAAGAUUCCAUUCAAUGGAAAAUAUCCUGAUUUUGGUCAAAUUUCCGGUUACGUUCCAUAGUACAGAUUUCUUAUCGGUUGAAUUUUUGCUCUUUUUGAAAAUCUGAAUUCUAAGUUCUCAUAUAAUAGUAUCUCGCAUUUGAUGGCGAGUCUAGGAUAUUCUCUCGAAACCAAUGCAUCUUAUAUGCAACUAAUAUUUAAUUACCUUUUUAUAUUUUUGUAUUACGACCAUCACAAGUGUCAAAAUUGACACGGGAAGCAGAGAAGAAAAUCAUUAUAAUGUUGAAGUUUAGGUUCUGUAUUUGUAUGUAUCAACGUGCAUUAAUAAUUUAUAAUUUUUAGAACUUAAUUCCCCCGUUUUUGGGGUAAGGGCAGCUCCAACAAGAUGUGAAAAUUAGAAGAAAAAAAAGCUUUGAGAUAGAUGAAACGGAUCGCAGUCAAGAUAAAGCCAAAUGCCCUUGCCGUUCGGGGAAUCUAAGUGAAAACUUUCAGGGAAUGAACCCUAUAUAAUAUUAUAACAAGAAUAACAUUGUUCCGUGUAACAGUAUUUACCGGUAUAGCUUUAAAAAUGGGGAAAUGUAUUCGGGAUAACUACAUUUAUAUUUAAACAAUUUCAAUAAUA